AUGUCUGAACCAAAACGAAUCGGCCGUCGCGUCUUCCCCAACCGCGAAUCCUCAGAAAUCCGAAAAUCCCAACAAUUUCUGCACUAUUCAACAAAGCCUAUUCUACCACCCGAAGAGCCACCAAUCGAUUACACGAUAAAGGUGAAAAAUGGUGAGUUUUCUGGGCAUUUUCGCGCCAAAAAACUCCCUAUAUUUUCAGAUCGUGACUACAAAGUGGUUGGUGAUGUUUUUCACCGAGUUCCAUCCACCGAUUUUUCACGGGAGGAGGAUAAUUUGAGGUAGGCGUCAAAAGGUUUUCUUAUCGAUCAAAAAUCAAAAGCUUAUCACGGGAAAAAUGAGGAAAACGGGGGAAAAACGGGGGAAAAUGUGCAAAAAAAAAUAAAAAUAAAAAAAUUGUGUGCAAACACGGCGACGCGAAAAUGCACACAUUUUUUCCUGGGGGUUUUUUCACGGGGGAAAUUUGAAAAACACAGAAAAAAUCAUGCAGAACUGCUUUUUUGACACAAAAAACAUCGAAAAUGUCAAAUUUGAUUAUGCUUAUUAUUUUUAUUCGAAAAUUAUACCAAUUCAAGGUCAAAAAACCAUUUUUUUCACAGAUCUUCCCGCCAAAAACCAAAAAGCUCCCAAAAAACCGUCGAAGAAAUCCUGGACGAGCUGGACAAUGUGCUUUUUGAGGCGUCGAUUCCAUUCGAUGAGCUCAAGAAAAAAGUGGAGAAUUUCAACCUGAGCUUUAAGCCCUAUGCUCCAGAUUCGGAUUUGGAGGAGAUUCAAAAACAUCAGAGAUAUACUAAAGAGCCGAUUCGAAUAGAACCGAUAAGGAUUUCGAGAAAAGAUUCGAAUUCGAAUGAAAAUUUGAAUUUGACUGCUUUGAGCUCGAGUUCCAGCAAGAAUUCGAGCAAAAAUAAUGAGAAAAAGAUUGAGGAAAUGUUUAGAAAAGUGAGUUUUAUCAAAAAUAUAUAAAGUCUGAAGCAAAGUUUACAGAAACUUCCCUAAAUUUCAUAAAUUUUUUGAAACAGUGAAUUUUUUUAGUCGAAAAACAAUAAUUUCCAAACAUUAUGUUACAUGAUUGCUCAAAAAUUGUCAUUUUUUCAAUAAUAAUUUUUUGAAACGUAUUUUUUUCAUGAAAUAUUAUUUUUAAUUUUGAAGUUUAUGUCUUCUCACUGAAGAUUCAUUAAAAAGUUAGAAAUUGUAGAAAUUUUGAAACAGUAAAAUUUUUAUGAUGGAAAUCAUGCUUCAGCAAAACUCAAAGGAACUUCACAAAAUUCAUAAAUUUUUUGAAACAGUGAAUUUUUUUUGCUUAAAAAUUGUCAAUUUUUCCAUAAUAAUUUUUUGAAACAUAUUUUUUCCAUGAAAUUUUUUUGAAACAGUGAAAAUUUUUAUGAUGAAAAAUAUAAAAGCAAAGUGUAGCAAAGUUUACAGGAAAUUCACAAAAAUUCAUAAAAUUUUGGAAACAGUGAAUUUUUUUAGUCGAAAAACAAUAAUUUCCAAACAUCAUGUUAAAUGAUUGCUCAAAAAUUGUGAAUUUGUCAAUAAUAAUUUUUUGAAACGUAUUUUUUUCAUGAAAUAUUUUUUUAAAUUUCGAAUAUUUUUUUAAAUUUUUUUAUUUUUUUAAAUUUUGAUAUAGGUUUUUAAAAGUUGUUAUUCUCUCGCACUGAAGAUUCAUUAAAAAGUUAGAAAUUAUAGAAAUUUUUGAAACAGUGAACAUUUUUAUGAUGAAAAAUAUAAAAGCAAAGUGUAGCAAAGGUUACAGGAAAUUCCUAAAAAUUCAUAAAUUUUUUGAAACAGUGAAUUUUUUUGCUCAAAAAUUGUCAUUUUUUUUAAUAAUAAUUUUUUGAAACGUAAUUUUUUCAUGAAAUAUUUUUUUUUUAAUUUUGAAGUUUAUGUCUUCUUUAGCACUGAAGAUUCAUUGAAAAGUUAAAAAUUGUAGAAAUUUUGAAACAGUGAAAAUUUUUAUGACGAACAUAAUGAAGUCUUUAGCAAAGUUUAGAGGAAAUUCAUAAAAAUUCAUAAAUUUUUUGAAACAGUGAAAUUUUUUAGUCGAAAAAAAUUGUGAAUUUUUCAAUAACAAUUUUUUGAAACGUAUAUUUUCAUGAAAUAAAUUUUUUUUAAUUUCGAAUAUUUUUUAAAAUUUUUUAAAAUUUUGAUAUAGUUUUUUAAAAGUUGUUCUUCUCUCGCACUGAAGAUUCAUUAAAAAGUUAGAAAUUAUAGAAAUUUUGAAACAGUAAAAUUUUUAUGAUGGGAAUCAUGCUUCAGCAAAACUCAAAGGAACUUCACAAAAUUCAUAAAUUUUUUGAAACAGUGAAUUUUUUUUUUUGAUAAAAAAUUGUACAAUUUUUCAAUAAUAAUUUUUUGAAACGUAUUUUUUUCUACCUUUUUAAUAAAAUCCCGGUUGGGUGGUGUCUCGAUGGAAGCAGGAUUUUUCAAUGGGGUCCCCCUGUUCUCAUUUUUCAAAUGUCGCAAUUUUGGACAUUUCCCAUUUUUUCCGAAAAUCAUACCUUCGCGAACGUCCAAAAGGAUCCGAUCCUGGACCUUCUGAACAAAAAACACGUGAUCUAACCACUUGACCAUUUCUGACACAAGAAAUGACCAUUAAUUCGCUUAGAAAUGCUCGAAGAAAAAUUUUUGACGUGAGAAAAAAUAUUUGUUUUAAAAAAGGAGACUGUUACGCCUGGGAGCUGAAAGCUCCUAGGCUCAUGCAAUAUUUUUUAAAUUUUGAAGUUUAUGUCUUCUGACUGAAGAUUCAUUAAAAAGUUAGAAAUUAUAGAAAUUUUGAAACAGUGAACAUUUUUAUGAUGGAAAUCAUGCUUCAGCAAAACUCAAAGGAACUUCACAAAAUUCAUAAAUUUUUUGAAACAGUGAAUUUUUUUGCUUAAAAAUGGUCAAUUUUUCCAUAAUAAUUUUUUGAAACGUAUUUUUUCCAUGAAAUUUUUUUGAAACAGUGAAAAUUUUUAUGAUGAAAAAUAUAAAAGCAAAGUGUAGCAAAGUUUACAGGAAAUUCACAAAAAUUCAUAAAAUUUUGGAAACAGUGAAUUUUUUUAGUCGAAAAACAAUAAUUUCCAAACAUCAUGUUAAAUGAUUGCUCAAAAAUUGUGAAUUUGUCAAUAAUAAUUUUUUGAAACGUAUUUUUUUCAUGAAAUAUUUUUUUAAAUUUCGAAUAUUUUUUUAAAUUUUUUUAUUUUUUUAAAUUUUGAUAUAGGUUUUUAAAAGUUGUUAUUCUCUCGCACUGAAGAUUCAUUAAAAAGUUAGAAAUUAUAGAAAUUUUUGAAACAGUGAACAUUUUUAUGAUGAAAAAAAUGAAAGCAAAGUGUAGCAAAGUUUACAUGAACUUCACAAAAAUUCAUAAAUUUUUUGAAACAGUGAUUUUUUUUGCUAAAAAAAUUGUGAAUUUUUCAAUAAUAAAUUUUUGAAACGUAUUUUUUUCAUGAAAUAUUUUUAAAAUUUUUAAGUGUAUUUCUUCCUUCGCACUGAAGAUUCAUUAAAAAGUUAGAAAUUUUGAAACAGUGAAAAUUUUUAUGAUGGGAAUCAUAAGUGAGCUAGCAAAACUUAAAGAACUUCUCUAAAAUUAAUAAAUUUUUUGAAACAGUGAAGUUUUUUUGAUAAAAAAUUGUCAGUUUUUCAAUAAUAAUUUUUUGAAACGUAUUUUUUUCAUGAAAUUUUUUUUUUGAAUUUUGAAGUUUUUUCUUCUCUCGCACUGAAGAUUCAUUAAAAAGUUAGAAAUUGUAAAAGUUUUGAAACAGAAAAAUUUUUUUUAUGGAAAUUAUGUUUCAGCAAAACUUAAAGGAACUUCCCUAAAAUUAAUAAAUUUUUUGAAACAGUGAAUUUUUUUGCUCAAAAAUUGUCAUUUUUUAAAUAAUAAUUUUUUGAAACGUAUUUUUUUCAUGAAGACAUUUUGAAACAGUGAAAUUAUUUUGGAAACAUAAGGGUCUAUUAAGCUUAAGCCUAAGGUUUAAAUUAAGGCCUAAGCUAGGGCCUAAAACAUUGAAAAAAAAUCCCCCAAUUCUUGCAGACCCAAAAAGAGAUCAGCGAAGCCAAGGCCUAUUUUUCGCCGGUCUAUUUUCAGGCUCAAUUUGAGCUGGACGGAGUUCCAGCCUGGAAACGGAAUUUGUUGGCUGAAAAGAAAUCGAAAGAAACUAUUAGGAGAAUUGAACAUGAUGCUUGGGUGAGUUAGGCCUAAGGCCUAAGCCAGGGCCUUAUUUAGGCCUAAAAAGUCUAUUUUGAAAAAUUUCAGGCCAAAUUCGAGAGAUUCAAAAUAUCUCUCACCGAAAAACGACAACAAAUCCGGCGAAGUUCCAGUGUGCAAAUUGGGAGAUCGAAAAAAUAA